CUUCUGAAGCGUAAAUCGGAGUAAAUGACUUUAUCGACGAAGAAGUCGGCCUCCGUGGAGGCUUUGGGCUUGUUCCGUGCUUGUUCCGGUAUCUUAUAGGUUUUACCGUUGUAUACGUUUUCUUGUAGGCGUCACUGAGAACAGUAGCCCUUGUUUCGUUGCCUCUUCGAAACCUCCGGUAAAAUCCGGAGAGGCGAAGCUGGUCAGACAGAAUGGACAACGGAGAGUACAUGGAGAACAUGGACCCGACUUUAGCGGUAUUGGGGGACGAAUUCACCCUAGGAGACAUCGACGAGAUGCUGCAGUUUGUCAGCAACCAGGUGGGGGACUUGCCGGAUCUGUUUGAAGACCAGAUGACCUCAGCAGGUUCCUUACAGAACGGAACGAGUGUCACGACCCAUCCCGGAAUUCCAGCACCUCAAACUCUCCAAACUCCACAGACGCAGACUCCUUCCCCCUACCAAAAUGUCAACAUGGGACUACAAAGUACCCAGACACUGUCUCCCCAGUCUUUACCUCUCACCCCUCCCCUCACUCCUGCUCAGACUCCCUCCCCUGCCACCGUCUCUUCGGUGCAGCAUCAGGUGACCCGCAGUCCUCCGCUCCUUCAGCCACGGCCUCAGUUGGUCCAGCCCAUCCAGCCUCAGCCCCAACAGACAGCCCAGCCCACCAUCCAGAUGCACACCCAGGGAAUCCCUGUCCACACCCAGAGUUUCCCGGUCCACACCCUGGUCCAGACCCACAGCCACAGUUCUCUGCCCAUUCAGUCGCAGGCACCACAAACCGUCAUGAUUACCUCGAACGGUGGACAGUCUCGCUUCAUCCAGAACCCAGUUUUCUGCCAUCAGAGUCCUGCUCAGGGUUUCCAAGUCAUCCAGCCCCAGAUGCAGAGCAUCAUGACAUCACCACAACUGCAGCCAUUGACUAUUCAGCAUCAGCGUGUUCUGACUCAGUCUGGCCAAACUAUCCAGACUCUUUCCACAGCACCAACUACAGUUCACACUGUGCAACAGCAGGUGCAACAAUUACCUGUCCUGGUCCAGCAGCCUCAGAUCCUGAAGACAGAGUCCCUGGUUCUCACGACCCUCAAACCAGACGGCACUCAGGUUCUGUCUACCAUGCAGAGUCCCACAGGGAUCACCACCUUAACCACGCCCAUCCAGAACACAGCUCUGCAAGUCCCGACGCUCAUGGGCAGCAACAUCUUGACCACCGUCCCUGUUAUGAUGGGAGGAGGCGGAGACAAGCUGCCAAUCAAGCAGCUACAGCCAGGCUGCACAGGUGGAGUCAGAACAAAUGUGGAGCAGAGCCAGGUCUCAGGAGUCAUGGGACCAGGAGGUGUGGUGAAGGAGGGUGAGAGGAGGACAACCCACAACGUCAUCGAGAAGAGGUAUCGGUCUUCCAUAAACGACAAAAUCGUGGAGCUGCGUGACCUGGUCAUGGGCAACGACGCAAAGAUGCAUAAGUCUGGAGUGCUGAGGAAGGCCAUCGACUACAUCAAGUACUUACAACAGGUCAAUCACAAACUAAGACAAGAGAACCUUGCUCUCAAAAUGGGAAACCAGAAGAACAAGAAUGUUACGCUGUCUGAGGACAUGGAAGUCAAACAGGAAAUAGUGAUGAUGUCGCCUCCAGCCUCAGACUCUGGCUCUGGUUCCCCUCACCAGUUCUCUCCUUACUGUGUGGACUCAGAGCCAGGCAGCCCCUUAAUGGACCAUGAUCAGCUGAAAAGUGAGCCAGACUCUCCGUCAUCGGUCGGAGUGAUGGAUCGCUCCCGACUGCUUCUGUGCGCCCUGACCUUCUUCUGUCUGUCCUUGAACCCCCUUCCUUCUCUCCUGGGCCCAGAAGAACCAGCAGCCCACAGCUUGUCUGCAGGCCACGGCCCAUCUAGGACACUUGUUUGGCUCCAGGGUCCCACACAGGACUUUGCGUCCUGGCUGCGCUGCCUGUUGCCCUGGGUGAUGGUGUGGGUGCUGAGUGGAGUGGGCGCUGUGUGGGGCUGCGUCAGGGUUCUCUACCUGUGGGAGCCUGUCACCCCGCUGCACUCCCCGAAGUCUGUGUCCUUCUGGAGGCAUCGCAAACAGGCUGACCUGCAUCUCAACAGGGGAGAUUACAAAGCAGCCAUGUCCAGCUUAGAGACCUGCUUGUCGGUCUUGGCGAGGGCGCUCCCCUCGACCAGCCUGGAUCUGGUCUGUUCCCUUUCCUGGAACGUGAUCCGCUACUGUUUGCAUCGCCCGACUCCGCUGGGAUGGCUGGUUCACCAGGUCAGAGGGAAGCACGAGGGCGAGGAGGCCAAGACGAGCGCAAAGGACGCAGCUCUGGUUUACCACCGUCUGAGCCAGCUGCAGCUGACGGGUGAGGGCGGAGGAAGUCUCUUCUCAGAGUUCUGGGAAAACUGCACUGAUCAAUCAGCAGUUUCAUCAUCACAGAAACAGAGGAGAGAGAAAAACUGAAUCUGUCCUCGUCUCCUCCUGCAGGGUUACCUGUUGAGCUGUGCGGAGUGUGUGGUCAGUCAGACAGACGCCAAGUCCGUCCCUGACUGCCUGCGCUGGCUCUUCACCCCACUGGGCAGACAGUUUUUCUUGAGCUGUGAUUGGUCACUCCAGUCAGGGAACAUUGCUGACAUCUACACCUCUCAGAGAGACCCAGCCGACCCCAUCCCACAGCUACACCGCUGCUUCUGCAGAAAGCUUCUGGAGAGAGCUGUUCAAACGCUCAUCCAGCCGCAGAGCGACUCUGAAGUGAACGUAUCCAAGAACGACUCGGGGGAAUUUUCCAGUGCCAUGGAGUUCCUUCAGUUGUUGAACAGCUGUACCGAGGACACUCCCUCCCCACGUCCUCAUUUCUCAGCUCCUCCCCAUCACACCACCACCCCAGUGGGCGAUCCAGUGAGUCGCUGGUGGGCUUUGGUCCUGAAGGCUGCCGUUCAUUGGCUGCAGGGUGAUGACGCCGCAGUGAAGUCUCUGCUGACGGAGGCGGAGCGGAUGCCGAGAGCUCUGCACACGCUAGAUCACUCUCUUCCCAAGGCUGUGUUGCUGCACUGCAAAGCAGUUCAGAUGAGUCUGUCACCCUUAAAGGGGGAGGGUGCAGUGACCUGUCUGUCCCACUGUGACCGAGCCAGCAGCUUCCUGCGCUCCAGCGUCUCCGUCCCAGUCUCCCAAACUGGGAACUGGCUGAACAAGGGGGUGGAGCUCCUGGUCUGUGACCUCCUGCUGACCUUGAGGACCAGUCUGUGGCAGCGAUGUGGCAGCAGCAAUGGAGAACCAGGCCCGGCUCAUGGUGCCCAGUUGGCCGGUUUCCAGAGGGACCUGAGCGCCCUGAGACGACUCACCCAGUGUUACAGACAGGCACAACACAAGGUGUUUCUUCAUGAAACCACAGUGAGGCUGAUGGCUGGUGCCAGUCCCACAAGGACUCACCAGCUGCUGGAGCACAACCUCCGGCGCAGGGCACACAACUCCUACAGCGCAGGUGAGCUAUGAUAUAUUCAUAUAUGUGUGUAUAUAUGUAUAUAUGUGUGUAGGGAAACGACCCACGCCCUCCUCCUGGCCUGCAGACCCCUCCCUAUGCCCUUGCUGACUCCACCCGGGCACCGUGCCCGCCUCCUGGCUGAGGCCAAGCGCACCCUGGAGCGCGUGGGAGACCGACGCUCCCUCCAGGACUGUCAGCAGAUUCUGUUGCGCCUCAGUGGAGGCACCACCAUAGCAGCCUCCUAAACAAACAAACAGACACACACACACACACACACACACUCAGAGUGCAGGAACAAACACACACCCAAAUUAGGGCUACUUUUAAACACACACUGUACACAUUUAGAUGCUCAAAAUAUCAAACUCUUUAGUCCUUUAUUUUACAUUUGCACCUACAGUGAGUCUCUGCUUUCAGUCCACGCUGACGCUGACAAAUGAAGGCUUCACCUUUUGCUCUUUGACAGCUCAGUUUUGCACGGUUGCUGCACAAUCACGCCACCCUCUGGACAUGUGAUGCCUAGCAGUCUUGCUACAUUAUUACAAAAAAAAAUUGAAAGACAAAAAAAAACAAGGUUAAUGAAACCCUCAUAAAAUAGACGCUGGAGAACUGGAUCGAUUCGGUUCAGAGUACCACGCAGUACAAUCUUUACUGUAACACAGGAACGGAACAGCGUCCUGUGAGACACCCCAGCUCAAAAUCAAAGCCUCUUGAAACAUGCAGGAAAAAAGGACCGUGGAUUCCCAGCUGCACAGUGCAGAGCAGUGUCUCUUAUCUACCUCAUGAACUGUACAACGUCAGCGUUGUACCACAGGGCGCUUAACGCACUGAGGCGGUCACCACGGAGUCAAAUCAGGUUAAAUCAUUCACAGCAGUCCUUCUGCUGGGACCUUGAGGACACAGCGGUGUGACUACUGGAAUAUAAACUGAGAAUGAAUGAAUGAAUAGAAGUAGCAAAAUGUGCAACUACAGUUAGAGUUAAUAUCCUUGUUGUCACACAACAUGGCAUGAAUUAAAAAAAAAAAAAGAAGAGACACUGAGGUACAAAUAGGAAAAAUAAACUGAAAUCAUGUCCCUAGAAAUCCACAUAUAGUACAGGUCAAAUGUCUUAGAACAUGCUAGAACUUCAUGUCUUUUUUUGUCACCCACUUUCUUUGUGUUUCUCAGAUGCAAACGUUUCGUUACAUCAUUUAAGAUGUUGAUGAAUCAGCGUCACGUUACACUUCAUCACCGCAUCAGCUCGUCUCCAGUCACAUCACCGCAGCGUAGGCGAAAACACACGCUAUCUUUUCAGGGUUCACUAUAUUUUAUUCAGUGAUAAUAUAUAAUUAUAAUAUUAUUGCACCACAGUUCUUUAAACUUCACUGGUCAGACCUGUACGCUCUAACAAACAGCAGGGUUUUCUAAAGCUUUUCACCAGUUGUUCACAAAACAGAUUUUUUUUUCUCUCACACGGUGGGAUUGUAAAUACUUUGUAUAUAAGUAGGAAAAGUUUUAUGUAUCGCUUGAGGAGGUGAAAAAACAUGCAAAGGAAACUAGUUCAAUCUGUCGCUCCACUGUAAUUUUUAUGAAUGUAAGGUUUUGGCCGAUGUAAGAGUUCAUCAUUUGAUAUAUGAUAUGAUAUGAAGGUGGUCUAAACAUGAGGAACUUUCUUGGACGUGUAACGUAAAGCAAAAUGGCCUUGAUGUUGUGUAAAGAUAUAUGUUUGUAGCUUUUAUUAUUCCUUUAUUUCGCUGUCCUCUGUUCAGCCAUUCCCUUUUAAAUAUCUGUGUUCACAUUAUUCUAUUUAAUGUGAAGUUUUAUUUUAGUUUUUGUCACAAAGGGAGAUUUUCUUUUUGUUUUUCUUCUUUGUUUUCCAGAGGUUCCUAAACUGUCACAGCGAAAGUCCUUGAGGGGCAGAAAUCCUGUUUAGUUGAAAACAAAACGAAUCUGGAUGUUACUAUUUCUACACCUCGUCUUCCUUUGACAUGCAUUGUUUUUGUCAUUUAUAGUAUGGUAAUAAGGUUAAUUGGAGAAUUUAGACUGACUGCAAAUGGGACCAUAAGUGACAGUGGUCUCUAUGUGGGCCACCAUGAUGGACUGGGCCUGUCCAGGAUGUAGCCCUUGUUUUUAACCUGUUUCAGGUCCCUGAAGGAGGAAGAGAAGACAGAAGGUGUAAAAUAACAACAAGGACAAAUAUUUGUGUUUAUUUUUUCUUCUGCAAUUCUGUUUUCCAGGUCAACGCAGCUGUUAGAAAGUAACAUAAAGAAAGUCUUAACUUGUAUGACACCAAGGAAGAGGAAAUUAAGGCCAUUUAUAGGCUGAAGCUUUUACUCUCAUGUUUGUUUUGUUUGUUUGUGAUUUAUUUUUUUGUCUGGAAUUCUGUGUUAAUUUUGAUGUUUAUUUUAUAAUAAUAAAAGACAUGAUAGUA